UAUUAUUCCUUUCAUUUUCAGUCUCCUGAUUAUAUUCGUACAGCAAGGCCAAGAACCGUGGAAGGGCUUUAUGUAUGCAGGUCUCAUGUUUGCAACGAAUUCCUUGCUAACAUUCUUCAAUGUGUCCCAUAUGAAAGUAAUCGCCACCAUUGGUAUGAAGAUGCGUACAGUGCUGAUAUCAGCAGUGUACAAGAAAGCGCUGAGGAUAUCUGUCAACGCGAGAAAAGAAAAAACUGUCGGUGAGAUUGUCAAUUUGAUGGCAGUCGAUUCAUCAAGGAUCAGCAUGAUGACGAUCUUCAUUAACAUGGUCUGGUCUGCGCCACUCCAAAUUUGUCUUUCGUUGUACUUCUUGUGGCAGGAACUCGGCCCUUCAGUCCUUUCUGGGCUGGCACUAAUGAUCUUGUUAAUUCCACUGAAUGGAUACAUUGCGAAUAAGGUGAAGACCAUGCAGGGGAAGCAAAUGAAGAACAAAGAUGAACGAGUCAAACUAAUGAAUGAGAUACUCAACGGCAUCAAGGUUUUGAAGUUAUAUGCAUGGGAAGGAAGCAUGGAAGAUAUUAUUCAUCGUGUAAGACAAAAAGAAAUUAAAACCUUAAGACAAUCAGCGUACUUGAAUGCAGCUACGUCUUUCAUAUGGACAGGUGCUCCCUUUUUAGUGUCCCUCGUCACGUUUGCAACGUAUGCCUGUGUGAAUACACACGAAGUAUUAGACGCGCAAAAAGCUUACGUUUCAAUAUCACUUUUUAAUAUAAUAAGGGGACCACUGAAUAUGUUGCCCAUGGUGAUCUCGAAUUAUAUACAGGCUACUAUAGCAUUAAAACGAAUCAAUGAUUUCUUGAAUGCUGAAGAGCUGGAUCCAAAUAAUGUGACGCAUGAACCAAAUAAAGAAACGCCAGUGGUUAUAGAAAAUGGUACAUUUUCGUGGGGCGAGGACCCUAUACUGAGAGACAUAAACAUCAAAUGUGAGAGAAAUUCAUUGGUUGCCAUCGUUGGGGCUGUAGGAUCUGGGAAGUCCAGCCUGAUAUCUGCUUGUUUGGGGGAAAUGUAUAAGUUGUCAGGGCGCGUUAAUACUGACGGAUCUAUCGCAUAUGUUUCUCAACAGGCUUGGAUUCAAAAUGCAACACUCAAAGACAACAUUCUUUUCGGCCAGCCAUACGAUAAAUAUAAAUAUGAAAAGGUAGUUGACGCAUGCGCUUUACGAUCGGAUUUCAAUAUGCUACAAGCUGGAGACGCAACUGAAAUCGGUGAAAAGGGAAUCAAUUUAUCAGGAGGACAGAAACAAAGGAUCAGUCUGGCACGAGCAGUUUAUAGCAAUGCGGAUAUCUACCUAUUGGAUGACCCACUGAGUGCAGUUGACAGUCAUGUAGGAAAACAUAUUUUUGAAAAUGUCAUCGGCCCUAAAGGACUGCUAAGCCACAAGACAAGAGUUCUUGUUACGCAUGGUAUAACCUACCUUCCACAAACAGACAAGGUGAUUGUUCUUAAAGAUGGAAAAGUUUCAGAAUCUGGAACGUAUCUAGAACUUCUGAAUGGGAAAGGAGCAUUUGCAGAAUUUUUAUUGCAGCAUUUGAAUGAAGAGAUUGACGAUGAAACAGAAUUAGACGAGAUCACUGAUCAGUUAAACGACACCGCAAUAGGCGAAGAGGUCAGAAGAAUUAGUAGAAGCAGACUUCGCGUGUCCGAAUCAAUAUCCGAAUCAGGAUCUGAAAGGACAGGAAAUGGCUUGUAUCAGCGUCAAAUAUCGGUAGCUAGUCAAAAAAGUAUCAGGAGCAUAAACAAGAUGGCAAAGUCAACCGAAUCGCUAGGAAAGGAAUCUGCCAAAGUGAAAAAGGGGAAGCUGAUCGAAGCCGAAAAAGCAGAAACAGGAAACGUGAAAUGGGAGGUAUAUAAACACUACAUUGCAUCAAUCGGAGUAUGGUUAAUGCUAUCUGUCCUACUCCUGAACAUAACGUACCAAGCCUUCAGUGUGGGUUCAAACGUAUGGGUAGGAAUUUGGGCUGAUGAUAACGAUACUAUGAUCAACGGGACAGUGAACACGGCGAAGAGGGAUAUGUAUUUGGCUGUAUAUGGUGUUCUGGGCAUUGGACAAGCCUUCUCAACGAUGCUAAGCAACCUCCUUUUCGCCAAGGGCACCAUCAGAGCAGCGGUAAAGAUUCACAAGCAGCUUCUGCACAAUGUGAUGCGGGUACCGUGCGCAUUUUUCGACAUCACACCCGUUGGCAGGGUGCUAGGAAGGUUCUCUCAGGAUAUCAACGGGAUUGAUCUGAGGCUACCGAAUGCCUUCCAGAUGCUGAUGAGCACCAUUGUUAGGGUAUGUGGUACCUUAUUCGUGAUUAGCUUCUCGACCCCACUGUUCAUAGCUGUGAUAGUCCCUGUAGCGAUUCUUUACAUAUGGAUUCAGAGAGUAUACGUAGCUACCUCUCGGCAGGUGAUGAGACUGUCAUCUGUCACCGCCUCACCUAUAUAUUCGCACUUCGGGGAAACGCUUAGUGGAGCUCAAUGCAUAAGAGCCUAUAAAAAGCAAGAGGUUUUCAUCGAAGAUUCAGAAAACAAAGUGGAUCUUAACCAAAUAUGUCAGUACCCCACUAUUAUAUCGUCUAGAUGGUUAUCGCUCAGAUUGGAAACUAUAGGAAACUUAAUUAUCUUCUUCGCUGCUCUAUUUGCGGUAUUAGAAAGAGAAAAGGAACCGGCUUUAGUCGGUUUGUCUGUUUCGUAUGCUUUGCAGAUAACUCAAACGUUGAACUGGCUUGUAAGAAUGUCAUCUGAUGCAGAAACUAAUAUCGUAUCGAUGGAACGUAUCAAAGAGUACGUUGAAAUGGAACAAGAGGCUGAAUGGGAAAUACCCGGCAAGAAUCCAACAGCUGACUGGCCACAAAGUGGGGUUGUAGAUUUCCAAAAGUAUUCAGUGAGAUACAGACCAGGGUUGGAGCUGGUUUUGAAAAGUUUGACUGUACAUAUCGAUGGAGGCGAAAAAGUUGGUAUAGUAGGCAGAACCGGAGCAGGAAAGUCCAGUUUGACGUUGGCACUGUUCAGGAUAAUCGAGGCAGCUGAAGGUAAAAUUCUCAUCGAUGGUGUGGACAUAUCCGAACUGGGCCUGCACACGUUGAGAUCCCGCCUGACUAUCAUUCCGCAAGAACCAGUGUUGCUCUCAGGAAGUCUUCGUUUGAACCUUGACCCCUUCCAGAAACAUACUGACAAAGAGUUGUGGGAAACUCUUGAGAAUUGCCACUUGAAACAGUUUGUAAAGAGUCAACCAGCUGGGCUGCAUUUCGAAAUAACAGAAGGUGGCGACAACCUAUCAGUAGGUCAACGCCAACUGCUUUGCCUAGGCAGAUCACUCCUCCGUAAGACAAAAGUGCUCGUUCUAGACGAAGCCACGGCAGCCGUGGAUCUGGAAACCGACGACCUGAUCCAGAGGACGAUCAGAGAAGCUUUCAAAGAUUGUACGAUUCUCACAAUAGCUCAUAGGCUGAAUACGAUCAUGGAUUCCGAUAAGAUAUUAGUGCUCGAUAAGGGGCUAAUUGCAGAAUUCGACUCGCCUAAGAAUUUGCUCGAGGAUGAGAAUACGAUAUUUUAUGGAAUGUGUAAAGAUGCGGGAUUAGUGUGAUUUUCUAAUACGUUCGUAUUGAAUACAGUCCGGGAUCAAAUUCACAAUUUGUCAAAUUGCUAAUUGAGCUACUUAUAGACAUAAAUGCAACAUCAUAGGGUAAAAAACAUAUACCCUUCAUUCAAGUUAGAUGAGAUCCCGAACUAAUAGAAUUAGAAGCUGUGCUGAUGUGUCCAAUAAGUUAUUAUUUUAUGUAUUGUGUGAUUAGUAUUUGUAAGUGAUUCAAAAAAUAUAAAGUGCGUGACCGAUUGUCCAAAAAGGUAUAAAUUUAAGACAGAGUUGAAAUGCUAGUGUCAAAUUUCGUGCUAUCAGGUCAAACCUCGAAUUAAUCGCACGAUGAGGUUAGUUGAAUGAAUUACAAGGUGUAAUAUAGGACAAAAUCAAUAAAAUGUUUUCAAAUUGUGCA